AUGAGGACUAGAAUCUUAGAAUGCCACCUCCUGUGCUCCCUCUUAGGCUACAGAAAGUCUCUCGUCGUCUGAACGCAGAUGAAACGGAAGGGCAGAACUCCUGCAGAGGAGAAGCGGGAGGCUUGUGGCGUCUGGCUGGAUACUUCAGCCUUCAAAAGACGUAAAAUGCAGACCCUAAUAGCUAAGCCAAAUUUAAGCAUGCAGAACAGGCCCUUGCUGUAUCCUGCUCUGGAAAAAGCGCCUCUUCCCUUCACCAAGCAAACCACCAUCUCCACCUUCUUCAUGACUCAAGCAGAAGGUGAGAAGAAAGCCAAAACAAACACAGGGCUGUCAGGUGCUGCAUCACAAAUCAACUGCGACCUGCAAGGGUGUGAAUCACUAGAAGGGAAGAGAAGCCAGUUGGCAGCCUCCUCAAUUCUGCCACUUCGGGAAUUCAAACUCGUACAACGUUAUGCCCCUCGGACCUCUGCUCAGAGUAACAGCAGAUGGAUGGAUCGAGCUAAGGGGGGGAAAUCUACCACAGAAGAUGAGGACUUAGACUCCACUCAGCACCUGGAGGCAAAUGGGGUUACUGAGCAUACUGCUGUCUCCAGGUCACCACUGAGAGACAAAAAUGGCGGCUGGAGAACAUCCAGUACCCUGGAUUCUCAGACUAGCCCAAACCCAAAGGCUCUGAGAAGAGACAGAAGCUGCUUCUCCUGCAGCAAGAGCUGCCUGAGUGACUCCUCAAACUCUGAGAAUAUAGAUCCUCGGCUGGAGAGGAGAGGCGCAGCCGUGAAACUGAAAGGCUUUAACCAAAACACGCCAGGGGUUCCCUCAGAAACAGUCACGGCUCUUUGCGUUUCCGAUAAAGGGCCCGAGAACAGCCAGCUAGGAUGUACCAUCCCCUUGUUCAGUCAAGAUUCUGAGGGCCACAGAGUGAUUUCUCACCGCUUUUCUGGCGAGCGAGGAAACCUUUGUUUGCCGAAACGGCCUCUGUGGGAGAAAAGCAACCGAGGACCCAGCCCAGCCUAUAGAGACUGCGUCGGGGCUUGUUUUCCUGCAGAGAGUGGGCCCCAACUACCUGCAGGAGCAGAGAUUAGGCUGAAGUCGUGUUAUGACUUGCUAUUCACAGAGGAUUCGGAAGGCAAUAGGGUCAUUAAGCACUGACUUGGUAAUUGCUCAGUGGGAUGCGGGCUUAGUUACAC